GGGUGGCGCUUUGGGUUUGAGGCCGAGUGCUGCCUCUGCCGCCACCAACAUGGAGACUUUGUACCGAGUCCCGUUCUUAGUGCUUGAAUGCCCCAACCUGAAGCUGAAGAAGCCGCCCUGGGUGCACAUGCCGUCGGCCAUGACGGUGUACGCUCUGGUGGUAGUGUCUUACUUUCUCAUCACCGGAGGAAUAAUUUAUGAUGUUAUUGUGGAACCUCCAAGUGUUGGCUCUAUGACUGAUGAACAUGGGCAUCAGAGGCCAGUAGCUUUCUUGGCUUACAGAGUAAAUGGACAAUAUAUUAUGGAAGGACUCGCAUCCAGCUUCCUGUUUACAAUGGGAGGUUUAGGUUUCAUAAUCCUGGACCGAUCCAAUGCACCAAACAUUCCAAAACUCAACCGAUUUCUUCUUUUGUUCAUUGGAUUCGUCUGUGUCCUGUUGAGUUUUUUUAUGGCUAGAGUAUUCAUGAGAAUGAAACUGCCGGGCUAUCUGAUGGGUUAGAGUCCCCUUUGAGAAGAAAUGAGUGGAUACUAGACUUGCUCCUGUUGAUGAAUUUUAAAGGCUCUACCAAUCUUCGAAUAUGAAAUGUGGAAAAGGAUGAAAAGCAGCAGAGAAAGAAGCAUCUAGUGAAAACAUAGGAAGCUCAGGAAAGCUUGGAUUAGAAUUUCUUCUUGGUACUAUCCAGAAGACAAGCUUAUCACAGUAUUUUUUUCCUGCGGACCUAGACUGAUGUACCAAUGAUAUUAAGUGGCUUUUCUUCUUAGUUUUUCAUUCCUAAAAGAAAAUAUACUCCAUUUUUACAACUAUAAUAUUGAAUAAAUUGAUUAUUUUUUACAGCCCCUUAACGUUUAUUGGAGAUGGCAUUUCUGAUUUUCAAACAUUAAUGUUAAAUCAGGAAGCAAGAUUCUAUAAGCUGAGAACUCUGGACAACCGAUCAGCUUUACAUAUGGUGCUUUGCCUUUAAGCAGUGUGAUAGUACGUUAUUUCAGAUAUGUGUGUAAGACUGUUUCCUGAACAAUAAGAUGUAUGAAAGGAGCAGAAAUAAAUAACUUUUCUAAAUAAUA